GGCCUGGACGACGGCCCGGACUUCCUCUCAGAAGAGGACCGCGGACUUAAAGCAAUAAAUGUAGAUCUUCAAAGUGAUGCUGCGCUGCAGGUGGACAUUUCUGAUGCUCUUAGUGAGCGGGAUAAAGUAAAAUUCACUGUUCACACAAAGAUUCCACCAGCACCACCAAGACCUGACUUUGAUGCUUCAAGGGAAAAACUGCAGAAGCUUGGUGAAGGAGAAGGGUCGAUGACGAAGGAGGAAUUCACAAAGAUGAAACAGGAACUGGAAGCUGAAUAUUUGGCAAUAUUCAAGAAGACAGUUGCGAUGCAUGAAGUGUUCCUGUGUCGUGUGGCAGCACAUCCUAUUUUGAGAAAAGAUUUAAAUUUCCAUGUCUUCUUGGAAUAUAAUCAAGAUUUGAGUGUGCGAGGAAAAAAUAAAAAAGAGAAACUUGAAGAUUUCUUUAAAAACAUGGUUAAAUCAGCAGACGGAGUAAUCGUUUCAGGAGUAAAGGAUGUAGAUGAUUUCUUUGAGCAUGAACGAACAUUUCUUUUGGAAUAUCAUAACCGAGUUAAGGAUGCAUCUGCUAAAUCUGAUAGAAUGACAAGAUCCCACAAAAGUGCUGCAGAUGAUUACAAUAGAAUUGGUUCUUCAUUAUAUGCUUUAGGAACUCAGGAUUCUACAGAUAUAUGCAAGUUUUUUCUCAAAGUUUCAGAACUGUUCGAUAAAACAAGAAAAAUAGAAGCACGAGUGUCUGCUGAUGAAGACCUCAAACUUUCUGAUCUUUUAAAAUAUUACUUAAGAGAAUCUCAAGCUGCUAAGGAUCUCCUGUAUCGAAGGUCUAGGUCACUAGUGGAUUAUGAAAAUGCUAAUAAAGCACUGGAUAAAGCAAGAGCAAAAAAUAAAGAUGUUCUACAGGCCGAAACUUCCCAACAAUUAUGUUGUCAGAAAUUUGAAAAAAUCUCUGAGUCUGCAAAACAAGAACUUAUAGAUUUUAAGACAAGAAGAGUUGCUGCAUUCAGAAAAAAUUUAGUGGAACUGGCAGAGUUAGAACUGAAGCAUGCAAAGGGUAACCUACAGUUGCUGCAGAACUGCCUGGCAGUGUUAAAUGGAGACACAUAAGCCACACUCCGCCUUCCUGUUAAAAAGGGCUGCCUUCCUUCAAAUGUUAUUUUUGUUUUCUUAAUGAUGUUAAGCAUUUAUGCUCACUGGAAACCAACAGAAAACAGCUGAAAAAGUGCAUCUACUCCUCUUUUUCUGAGAAACAUGGAGCAGCACACACCUAGGCGAUGCCAGUCUGUGUGCUGUGAUGCUGCACUGUGUUCUUCACGACAGUGGUCCAUCAUCGUGCACUUGUCAUACUCAGAAGUCCAAAGUUCAUUCUUCUUUAAAGUAGCCUCUAUAACUCUGUUUAUUUUAUAAAUAGUAUUCCUUAUGGCUGCCAAUCUUAUUUACCUUUAAAUAAUUUCUGAAGUUUAACCUUUUCAGAAUGCAUUGUUCAAACAAGAUGAAGAUUGCCUUUUUUGAAUUUUUUUUAAUUUUGUUUUUAAAAGCAUUAUAUACCACCUUAGUUCAUUCAUGUAUCCUGGUAAAGCAUCUUAAUCAGACUUAUUUUUAAUUACUGAAUAUUUCUUAGAAGUUUUGGGACAGAUUUUAUGUAAUCUUUAUAAGUAUGAUUUCUGAAGAAAAGCAAAUGCAUUAGUAUGUUUGCCUUAAACUUGUAGACUAAACCAAUUAUUGUAAAAUAAACAGCGAUAACAGUGAUAGUUUUUAACUCUCUGGUAAUUGUAUCACUCUGGAAAAUGUGGAGUAGCUGUAAUAAAUCUACUCCUAUAUAAUGCUUUACAGUGCAGGUCUUAGUUUUUCUUUUUUCUCGUUUCUUUUGAAAUGGCAUCUCGAACAAAGUCCACCAAUCCCUUUACAAAAGAAUGAACUGCUCCUCUGUGUGUACUUCAUAGAAGGUGGAAUCGGACAGAGGCAGGUUAGCGACAGUUAUUCCUGAAAUACAGGAGCAAAGUACAGACUGUUGUGGUUUCCAGGAUUCCACGCCUAGCUCAGCCAAUUAAGCAUGAGACAUAUACCAGUGAGCCACUUAGUAGUUAUGCGAGUGGAUAGAUUGGUAUGUAGAGGGAAAGAGGUCUGCUGUAAAGAACAACACUUGUCUGUCUGUGGGGAAAGAAAAGUAGAAUACUUGAGAUGAAAGUUGGCAUACAAAUAGGAUACUGUCGCCAGUAGUUAUAUUACAAACACUGUCGGCCUUUCUAAUGUGAAUGAACAUUACUGUCAUUCCUAGUUUAAAGUUAGGUUGCGUGGUUGGAUUUUUCCACUAUCUUUUUCUAAUUUUUCUACCAUUUGGAGACCCAUAGGGAUUUGGGCCUGUCACCCCUUGGAUGGGUUCCUAGUUUGUUUACAUUUUCCUGAACCCUCCUGAGCGCCCAUUCUUGGUCUAGUCCCCGGUCGUGAUGGUUCCACACUUCCUCAGCAGCAUGUUCUCUUGUCUCAUUCAUGAGCUGAUCAGUGUUUCGUCUCUUUAACUGACGUGUUCCCCAGUGCUGUUCGAACUGUUGAUUUUCCGUUGCUGGCUGAGUGCGUUUUGUCCUUCACAUAACCUUCACUGGUAAAAAUAAGCCCAUGUGAUGUCCACCAGUGGAUGAAGGCGGGACCAAGAGCCCUAGCUUCUGGAUCCAGGUCUAGCCCCUUCAUCUGCUGCUCUGUGGCCCAGGGCAGGUUUGCUUGACCUCUGCCUCAGUUUUCUACUCUAAAGGACAUAUUGACCUACCUCACAGGGGUGUUGUGAGGAUUAAUAAACGUUGGUACUGUGCUUUGGAAA